ACGUGACCAGUAAUGAGGAAGUCAGUUCAGAGGGUGAGGAUCAUGGGAAGGCAAACUCCCUAACGUCCGUUGUUUCUGUCGGUUUUUCGGAGGGGCUUUAACAUGUCUCACACGGAGGCUGUUGUGUGUUUAAACCUGCUCCUGUUUCUCCACGUUGUUCACACACAGCUCAGGAACAACGGACAGCAGCAGUGGCCCGUUCCCUACAGACGGUUUGAUCGUCGUCCUGCUGUGGACUCUUACUGUGAAGCUCUCUACCCCUUCUGUCCCACUGGAGACCGAGACGGACGGAUUCCCUACAUGAGAGACAGCGAUGUCGUCUCAGUUUAUCGACUGCAGACACCUGUGUGGGAGUUCAAGUAUGGAGAUUUGCUGGGGAAAUUUCAUAUCAUGCAUGAUGCCAUUGGGUUCAGCAGUUCAGAUACGGGGGCCAACUACACCAUGGAGUGGUACGAACUGUUUCAGCUGGGUAACUGCACCUUCCCCCACCUCAGGCCAGAGGCGCCCGCACCUUUCUGGUGCAACCAGGGAGCUGCCUGCUUCUUUGAAGGCAUCGACGACUUACACUGGUCACAAAACGGCACCUUGGAGAAAAUAGGAGAAAUCACAGGGAACCAGUUCAAUGACAUGGCCCAGUGGGUCCAGGACGACAACGAGACUGGGAUCUACUACGAGACGUGGACAGUUCGCUCUGACCCCAGCCCCAACGCCACAGUGUGGUUUGAGUCUUACGACUGCUCUCAGUUUGUCCACCGCACAUACAGGAAACUGACUGAGCUGGGAGCCAAGCUAUCCAGCAGAACUCAGACCAAUUACACCAAGAUCUACCUGUACAGCGGCGAGCCCACCUACCUCGGCAACGACAGCGCCAUAUUUGGACAGCCUGCUCUGAAGAAUCUGGCAGUGGACAUCCGUAAAUUUUACCACACGUUCAGGCCACACCAGUCGUUUAUAGACUUUGCCAUCAGUCUGUUGGAGGCUUAUAAAAAGGUUGUGUUGGACAAGAGCUUCUACCUUUACUACAACUUUGAGUACUGGCAUCUGCCAAUGAAGCCUCCUUAUUUACAGAUUACAUAUGAAGAGGUGCCUUUGCCUUAACAUUAAACUUUUACUGCAGUGAUUUUAAUCAAGGGGUUCAAAAUAAUAGUUAUUUUCAUUAAUACCGUAUCUGCCUUUUGUUUCUUUGUUUUUGAUUAAAAGAUUGUCCUAAAUAAAGCCAAAGAUAUUAUAAAAUCAAAUGUUCACAUUUUUGAAUUUGAAACCAGUGAAUGUUUGGCAUUUUUUUCUUCAUAAGCAGAGUUUAAGAGUUUGCUGUGUUAAAAGGUGCCUUGUGGGGAUUUCAUUGUAAGCAAACAAAGUUCUGUUUAUAUUCAGUGUUUCGCACUGAACAAGCCUUGAGGCAUGGCAAAUGUGUUUAAAGCAUUCCCUUCCUUAUAAAACAUUUGCAAAGCUUUUUUUUAAUUAUUUUAAAUUGUGUAUUGUUUAUAACCAUGUUUGUUAGCUUGCAGUCUUCUUCUCCCCUUAAAUUUGAAGCCUUUGGAAAUAUGUAUGCCUGAGAGCAAAAUAACAGUGUUUCAAAUCACUACGCUCAUUGUUAAUACAUUCCUCACCUGUACUGGGAUAUUUAGGCCAUUCUGUCCAUCAAAUAAUCGUUUUACACAUCGGUUUUUUUUUUACAUAAAUCUGUGUUUUUCCAACCAGCCUAAUAACUUGGUGUGAACUAUCCACUUUAAUUCAAUUUAAAAAAGUAGUACAUAGAUUUCUGUACUAUAAUACGUAUAGUUUUAUUAGUGAGUCUACUUGUGCAUAGCUGUUUUCACGUAACUAAUUUCUCACUAAGUGUCUGCUGUGUUUGGGAAUGAAUAAAAUGACAGAUGCGAAGAGUA